GCGCGCGGGCGGCGGACGCUGGCCAGACGUGGACGCGCGCCGGCUGCCGCGGGCACUGAGCGUCCGCCUCUUCGCGGAAAACCACAGCACCCUCGGAGGCAGUAUCGCCAGUCCUCUGUCCUUCCAUCUGCCCCUUCUCCAGGCCUUGCAGCAUCAUGCCCGCCGUGGACAAGCUCUUGCUAGAGGAGGCGUUGCAGGACAGCCCCCAGACUCGCUCUUUACUGAGUGUAUUUGAAGAAGAUGCUGGCACCCUCACGGAUUAUACCAACCAGCUGCUCCAGGCAAUGCAGCGUGUCUAUGGAGCUCAGAAUGAGAUGUGCCUGGCCACUCAACAGCUUUCUAAACAACUGCUGGCAUAUGAAAAACAGAAUUUUGCUCUUGGCAAAGGAGAUGAAGAAGUAAUUUCUACGCUCCAGUAUUUUUCCAAAAUGGUGGAUGAGCUUAAUGUUCUGCAUACAGAGCUGGCUAAACAGUUGGCAGACACAAUGGUUCUACAUAUUAUACAGUUUCGAGAAAAGGAUCUCACAGAAGUAAGCACUUUAAAGGAUCUUUUUGGACUCGCCAGCAGUGAGCAUGACCUCUCAAUGGCAAAAUAUAGCAGGCUUCCUAAAAAAAAGGAGAAUGAAAAGGUGAAGGCUGAGGUGGUGAAAGAGGUAGCAGCUGCACGGCGGAAGCAGCACCUCUCCUCUCUUCAGUACUACUGUGCCCUCAACGCGCUGCAGUACCGAAAGCGGGUGGCCAUGAUGGAGCCCAUGUUGGGCUUUGCACACGGACAGAUAAACUUUUUUAAGAAGGGAGCAGAGAUGUUUUCCAAAAGCAUGGACAGCUUAUUGUCCUCCGCUGCAGACAUGGUUCAAAGCAUUCAGGUAGAACUGGAAGCUGAAGCAGAAAAGAUGCGGGUGUCCCAGCAAGAAUUACUUUGCGUGGACGAAUCUGUUUACACUCCAGACUUCGAUAUAGCUGCACCACAGACCAACAGGAACCUCAUCCAGAAGGCUGGUUACCUCAAUCUUAGAACUAAAACAGGGCUGGUCUCCACCACCUGGGAGCGACUGUACUUCUUCACCCAAGGCGGGAAUCUCAUGUGUCAGCCCAGGGGAGCUGUGGCUGGAGGUCUGAUCCAGGAUCUGGACAACUGCUCGGUGAUGGCAGUCGAUUGUGAAGACCGGCGAUACUGCUUCCAGAUCACCACUCCAAAUGGAAAAUCGGGAAUAAUUCUCCAGGCAGAGAGCAGAAAGGAAAAUGACGAGUGGAUAUGUGCAAUAAACAACAUCUCCAGACAGAUUUACCUGACUGACAACCCAGAGGCAGUUGCCAUCAAGUUGAAUCAGACGGCACUGGAAGCAGUGACUCCCAUCACAAGUCUUGGGAAAAAACAAGAAAACUUCAGCCCCAGUCAGAACCAGAAAACUUCAGAGAUGGACAAUGACAAGAUUGUGCCCAAAGCAACAGCCAGUAUACCUGAAGCUGAACAACUGAUUGCACCCGGAACACCUAUUCAGUUUGAUAUUGUACUUCCUGCUACAGAAUUCCUUGAUCAGAACAGAGGGAGCAGGCGGAUCAACCCUUUUGGUGAAAUGGAGGAUGAAACGUUUCCAGAAGCAGAAGAUUCUCUUUUGCAACAGAUGUUCAUAGUUCGGUUUUUGGGAUCAAUGGCGGUUAAGACAGACAGCACUACUGAAGUGAUUUAUGAAGCGAUGAGACAAGUAUUGGCGGCUCGGGCCAUUCAUAACAUCUUCCGCAUGACAGAAUCCCAUCUGAUGGUCACCAGUCAAACUCUGAGGUUGAUAGAUCCUCAGACUCAAGUAACAAGGGCCAAUUUUGAACUUACCAGUGUCACACAAUUUGCUGCCCAUCAAGAAAACAAGAGACUGGUUGGCUUUGUCAUUCGCAUUCCGGAAUCUACAGGAGAGGAGUCUCUAAGCACAUACAUUUUUGAAAGUAACUCAGAAGGCGAAAAGAUAUGUUAUGCUAUUAAUUUGGGAAAAGAAAUUAUUGAGGUUCAGAAGGAUCCAGAAGCACUGGCUCAACUAAUGCUGUCCAUGCCACUAACCAAUGAUGGAAAAUUUGUACUAUUAAAUGAUCAACCAGAUGACAAUGAUGGAAGUUCAAGUGAAAAUAGAGGCGCAGAAUCUGAAGCGUAACUCACUUGCGCCUUUGGGGGAAGAGCACACGGGAAGGAGAGCUACCUCCUUAAGGGUUUUCAACUUCUCUGACAUGCAGGCACACUAACCUGGUUUCAGAAUGCUGACAAUCGUUUGUGGAAAGUACUCUCGAUGCCUUGGUACUGAGACUUGGGAGGGAAACAGUAAGAAAUGCUUGACAACACAUUUCUACCCAUCUACAAAUGUUAUUUUAGGUGCUUUGUGGUAAGUCCUUUUCUUAGAUUGCAUUGUUCAGCACUCAGAAAGAAACAUGCAUUGUUCACUUUGACUGUCAUCUAUUCUCAGUUUCUAGUAUCCUUUUUUAAAAAUGACAAAAGCCUAGAUUUACAAUUUGAUAAACACUAAAUAUUUCCUAUUAAUAUAAUCUAUUUUUGUAUUUUACUUAAUGAGCUUUAAGUGCCUGUCGUUCUGAGAACUGUAUAUUUAUAAACCAGCUCGUCUCAUGAUUGGACCUGAUGGCAUUAAUUUGUGCAGUUAGGGGAAGAACCCUGCUUUGAGGCCCAAGCACUAGCAGACAUGCAGGUGUAGUUUUGAUAACUGUUCCAGACAUCAUGCAAUCAAUAGAUCUGCAGAUGAGUCCCACAUAAAGAUGUUUAAUUUUACAUUGGAACCUUAAUAAACCAGCAUUCAGAAGUUGAAUGCCCUGUUAAGUAUGAUUGUUUUUAGUGGUGGCUCACUGUGGACUGGGUGUAGCUCUCCCAAUUCCUGUUUCUUC